AUGAGAGAGGAGAGGACGAUGGCCCGGAUGUUACUGGACUGCAGGCUCACUAACAAGUUGUGUAUUGUCCAACAGCAGUAUGAGAUUAUUGUGGUCCCGGCACUCCUGGUUGGUGCCUUCCUCAUUCUCCUUGGGGUGAUCCUGUGGCUUUUUAUCAGAGGACAAAGAGCUCAACAACACACUUCUCGACAGCAAGGCAUUAGUUCCAUGCCUCUACAUAAGGAUCUCCGCUUUCAAGCAUCAGGAGUUGGGGAAAGCGUGCUUGUGAGACUUGAGACCUCAGUGGAAAGCCUUUUACAAGCCACCACACCUGCCUUGGCUAAGCUGCAGGUGUCCCGGGAACAACUCUCUGACGUUGUGGAACUGAUUCACAAUGGUAGUUGCGGAGCCAUCUAUCGAGCCAAGUUGCACACUGGGGAUCCUGCUAAGGCCAAGAGUGUUGUACUCAAGGCUUUAAGAGAGCCAGCUGAGCUACAUGAAGUACGAGAUUUCUUAGGGAGAAUCCAAUUCUAUCAGCACUUGGGGAAGCAUAAGAACCUGGUGCACCUUGAAGGAUGCUGCACAGAAGAGCUGCCACUCUACAUGGUGUUGGAAGAUGUGGCCCAAGGAGAUCUGCUCAGCUUUCUCUGGACUUGCCGCAGGGAUGUGAUGACCAUGGAUGGCCUUCUCUAUGACCUCACAGAAAAACAAGUAUAUCACAUUGGGAAACAAGUCCUUUUGGCUCUGGAAUUCCUCCAAGAUAAUCAUCUCUUCCAUGGGGAUGUGGCAGCCAGGAAUAUUCUGAUCCAGUGUGAUCUCACUGUCAAGCUCUGCGGACUGGGCCUGGCCUAUGAAGUCCAUGCCCACGGAGCCAUCUCCUCUACCCGAACCAUACCUCUCAAGUGGCUUGCCCCAGAACGGCUUCUGCUUAGACCUGCUGGCAUCAGAGGAGAUAUCUGGUCCUUUGGAAUCCUCCUCUAUGAGAUGGUGACUUUAGGAGCUCCACCAUAUCCUGAAGUCCCUCCUACCAGCAUCCUACAGUAUCUCCAGAGAGGGAAAAUCAUGCAGCGACCGAGUAGCUGCAAACACACCAUGUAUAAUCUUAUGAAGGCAUGCUGGCGCUGGAAUGAGAACAGCCGUCCCUUACUUAAAGAGCUACGCUCACGCCUAGAAACUGCCUCUCGAACUGCAGAUGACAAGGCUGUGCUGCAAGUACCAGAAUUAGUGGUACCUGAACUAUAUGCAGUUGUGGCUGGCAUCAGUGUGGAAAACCUCCCCUAUAACUACACCUUCCUUUGA